CGUAAUAGCUUAAAAUUUUCUUUCUUUGAUUCAUCUUAAUGAGGUCUUAAUUAUUUAGUUUUUCAUAAGGAACGUGUCAUUUUCUGACUAGAAUUGGACGAAAGUUUUGUGCCUCGAUCACUCUCGCUAAUUUGUUAUAGGCUAAUUCAGAGAUUUCAAAGUGGGGAAAAGUGUGUAUAAAAGGGGACUGGAGAGGGAGUAUCUGCCUUGCAAUCCUCAGGAGGUUGGUAGAUAAAGCUUGGCAGAAGCUGGUGGAAAGGAGCUAGCCUUGCACAGUAGUUACGCUACGAUAGCAAAGGUUAUAGGAACUUAAGCUUGUGAAGACUUGAAUUGUUUUGUUGUCAUCCAGACAUAGCUUAGCUGAGCUAGAAAAGUUUCACACUUGGAGUAACAUUCAAUUACAACUUAAGGUUUCAAUACCAUGUCUGAGGAAAGUGCUUCGCAGCCAGCUGGCCUGAGAAAGUCGAAGAUGCCACUCUCUGUUUUCUUUAGAGAUGCAAGACUAUUCAAGAAGGAUGAACUUGGUUCGGAGAUCAUAAGGAUUGCAUUGCCUGCAGCAAUGGCUUUAGCCGCUGAUCCCGUUGCCUCCCUGAUUGACACAGCCUUCGUUGGCCGUCUAGGUCCAGUGGAAAUAGCUGCGGUAGGAGUUGCUAUUGCCAUAUUUAAUCAGGCCUCAAAAGUCACCAUAUUCCCAUUGGUUAGUAUAACGACUUCUUUUGUUGCUGAGGAAGAUACAGUUCACAGAAAUACCAAAAUUGAAGCGGAGAAGGCUGAGGACUUGAAGAAAGAUUCGAAAAGUGGUGAAGCGAAAGAAUCAGUUCCUAAUGAUGAAAUGCUUGAGAGCUUAGAGAAAGGCUCAGCCACAAACAACGCAAAGAACAUCGAAAAUAAAGAUUCACUGUCGGAGGAUGAUUGCAAGACAAUCACAAGCAGGUCUUCCACUCAUACUGACACAAAAAGUGUAAAUCCCAAACAAAAGAACGAGAGGCGACAUAUCCCCUCAGCGUCGACAGCAUUGAUUGUUGGUGGAAUUCUUGGUCUAGUGCAAGCUAUAUUCCUCAUAUUUGGGGCAAAACCUCUCCUGCAUAUUAUGGGUGUGAAAUCUGGUUCAGCGAUGUUAAACCCUGCAAGGAAGUACUUGACAUUGAGAGCUCUAGGUUCUCCUGCAGUUCUUUUGUCAUUGGCAAUGCAAGGGGUCUUUCGAGGCUUUAAAGACACAAAAACCCCUUUAUACGCCACUGUUACAGGAGAUUUAACAAAUAUCAUCUUAGACCCGAUAUUUAUCUUCGUCUGUCGCUGGGGUGUCAGUGGUGCUGCUAUUGCUCACGUCCUUUCCCAGUACUUGAUUUCAGUGAUCCUCUUGUGGAGGUUGAUGAAGAAAAUUGAUCUUUUGCCCCCAAGUGUGAAAGAUUUGCAAUUUAGUCGGUUCCUCAAAAAUGGUUUUCUGUUGUUAGCACGAGUUAUAGCCGCCACAAUCUGUGUGACCCUGGCAGCAUCAAGGGCUGCACGACUGGGUUCAACAACUAUGGCUGCCUUCCAGAUCUGCUUACAAGUUUGGUUGACAUCAUCACUUCUUGCAGAUGGCUUGGCUGUUGCUGGACAGGCAAUCAUUGCUUGUGCAUUUGCUGAAAAGGACUACCAAAAGGCAACAACUGCUGCCACCCGAGUGUUACAGAUGAGUUUUAUUCUUGGUAUUGGGCUAGCUGUGGUUGUUGGACUUGCCCUGCACUUUGGUGAUAUAAUAUUUUCAAAAGAUCCUAAUGUUCUUCGUAUCAUAGCCAUCGGCAUUCCGUUUGUUGCUGGUACACAACCCAUCAACGCGCUAGCUUUUGUCUUUGAUGGUGUAAACUUUGGAGCAUCUGAUUUUGCGUACUCUUCAUAUUCCAUGGUUCUAGUGGCCACAGCAAGCAUUGCAGCCAUUUUUGUUCUCUCUAAAACCGGUGGAUUUGUUGGAAUUUGGGUUGCCUUGACCAUCUUCAUGGGGCUACGCACAUUUGCCGGCGUAUGGAGGAUGGGAACUGGAACUGGACCAUGGCGCUUUCUCAGAGGGCGAUUGUUGUCAUAGGACAAUGUAAACCUCAGGACUUUGAGUGUUGCAGUGACAUUUUUUUGUCCUUAUAUACCUUUUUCUCUUUUGUCUACUAUAUGUUUGUGUGUGUGAUUCCGUUUCGCUUCAAUACACUUCUUUCUGCAGUUAAUCCUGUCACACGUUUGUAUCUUUGUCUACAUCAAUCAGAGCCACGUUUAGUUGCCCACUA